AAGGAUCUAAUGAAGGACGAGAAGCAGCAGGGCUACUGGCAGGAGAAGGGCCGAUGGGUAGGCUACGAGGAGAACUUCGACCCUCAGGCACAGGUGUGGGUGCCCUCGCACAUCUCCUGCCUCACCUUCAGGAGCCUCAUCCAGCUCCGACGCAGCAUGAGCCCAGGAGUGACCAUUUUCAACUGCGAGGAGAAGACCCUGACCACCAUUGCAGAGAAGAUGGUCGGUGAGAUGGUUAACAAGAAGGAGAUCAGGUCAGGGGAUCGGGAAGGAGUGCUGAACGCUCUGCUCCAAAACCGCAGCCAAAGAUCCGACCCAGAAAGCCAAACCUUGACUGAUGGGAUUGACCUGGAAAAGUUUUCAGUCAAGGAAAGAACUGAUGAAUCUGACCAUGUUGAGGCCUGCAUGGUGCUAGUAGGAACCUUGGAAUUUCUGGAGAAGCCCACAGCUGUUUUUGUGCGUCUGAAGGAAGCAGUAGCACUUGACUCAGCACUGGAGGCCCCAGAGCCUGUACGCUUUGUCUUUCUUCUGAUUGGCCCCAGCAGCAGUGACAUGGACUACCAUGAGACUGGCCGUGCUAUGGCAGCACUAAUGGCUAACAAAGUGUUUAACCAGGCAGCACUUCAGGCAAAGAACGCUCGAGAACUGACUGAUGCCAUGGCUGACUUCAUGGACUGCAGCAUCGUGAUCCCACCAACCGAGAUCAAGAAUGAAGCGAUGCUCAGCUCGGUCAUCAGCUUUCAGAAGAAACUGCUGCAGGACAGAUCGCGCUCCUGUGAUCUUCAGCGCCGGGAAUCCAAAGCUCGCAGUGAUUCCAUAAUUUCUGGAACUCCUCCUGAAGAUCCCCUUUCUCGUACGGGUCGGCCAUUUGGUGGGAUGAUUCGAGACAUAAAGAGGCGCUACCAGUACUACAAGAGUGACCUCACCGAUGCUCUAAACGCCCAGGUCCUUGCUGCCAUCAUAUUCAUCUACUUUGCUGCCCUGUCUCCCGCCAUCACAUUUGGAGGACUCCUGGCUUAUAAGGUAGACAACAUGAUGGGUGUUCCAGAGCUCCUCAUUUCUACCAGCAUUCAGGGAAUUAUAUUCUGCUUUGUCGCUGCUCAGCCUGUCCUAGUUAUUGGUUUUUCCGGUCCUUUGUUAGUGUUUGAGGAGGCCUUCUAUGGAUUCUGCAAGUCCCAGGACAUUGAGUAUAUCGUUGGGAGAGUUUGGGUCGGAGCGUGGUUGGUCAUCAUUGUGGUGAUCAUUGUAGCCUUUGAGGGCAGCUUCCUGGUUCGCUUCAUUUCACGAUUCACCCAGGAAAUCUUCUCCAUCCUCAUCUCCCUCAUCUUCAUCUAUGAAACUUUUGCCAAACUUGGGAGGAUCUUCAAGGAACAUCCACUGAUUCUAAAUUACGAUCACGUGAACACGAGCGCUGAAUACCCCUGGCACCCAAAGGUCGAAGAGAUUGUGACAUAUGACAACAGUACCGGCAACAAAACUGUAACUGUCAACGUCAUUAAGCCACCUUACCCCAACACAGCCCUGCUCUCUAUGUGCCUCAUGUUUGGCUGCUUCUUUAUUGCUUACUUCCUGCGUCAGUUCAAGAACGGGACAUUUCUUCCUGGAAAGGUCAGGCGCUUGAUCGGUGACUUUGGUGUUCCUAUUGCCAUUUUCCUCAUGACUCUUGUUGACUACAAUAUUCAGGAUACAUACACACAGAAACUAGUCGUUCCCAGCGGUCUGACAGUGUCCACCCCAGAAAAAAGAGGCUGGUUCAUCAACCCUUUUGGAGAGCACAAGCCCUUCCCUGUGUGGCUGAUGUUUGCUUCCUGCAUCCCAUCCCUGCUUGUCUUUAUUCUCAUCUUUCUGGAGUCUCAGAUCACAACUCUGAUAGUGAGUAAACCUGAGAGGAAGAUGGUCAAAGGCUCCGGAUUUCACUUUGACUUGCUGGUUUUAGUUGGCAUGGGAGGGCUCGGUGCAAUGUUUGGUGUGCCGUGGCUCAGUGCUGCCACUGUACGAUCUGUCACACAUGCCAACGCUCUCACUGUCAUGAGCAAAGGACCAAAACCUGUGAUAGAGAAAGUGAUGGAGCAGAGAAUAAGUGGCAUUGUGGUGGCCUUACUUGUUGGUCUGUCAGUCCUCAUGGAGCCGAUCCUAAAGAUGAUUCCCAUGGCAGCUUUGUUUGGGAUCUUCCUCUAUAUGGGAAUCACGUCAUUAAAUGGUAUUCAGCUGUGGGAUCGCAUGCAGCUUCUUCUCAUCCCAAAGAAAUAUCACCCUGAUGAACCCUAUGCUACCAGAGUAAGCACAGGUCGAAUGCACCUGUACACGGCGAUCCAAAUUGUGUGUCUUGCACUUUUGUGGCUUGUGAAGUCCAGUCAAGUGUCCUUGGCACUUCCCUUCAUUCUCAUUCUCACCAUCCCCCUGCGCAUGUUUAUGACCGGACGUCUCUUCACUCAACUGGAAAUGAAAUGCCUGGACGCUGACGAUGCCAAAGUGACAUUCGAGGAGGAGCCUGGGAAGGAUGUAUACUGUGAAUCUCAGAUGCCAUUGUAGAAUUUUUUUUAAUGAAAGGAUAUUUAGUUUGUAUGUGGCUUAAAUUUUUACCUCUUAGCACAAAAAUGCUUUAAGCAUUUUUUUCAAGAAAAAUUAGAUAUAGGCUCUACCUAUCUAGUGUAGCUAUAGGCAACAGUAAUAAAUUGUAAACAGCUAAACUGUAAACUUCUGUCACUCAGGUAAAUCAUUUGCAUUACUGAACCCAGAAAUAUUCUCAUUUGCAUAUUUUUUACAAAAAGAGAAUAAAUGAUGUAUGUGCAAGAUGUCAAAGAGGCACUGAGAGCUUAAAAACUGAGUGGAAAUUUGUAGCUAUAAAAGCCAUAAGUGUAUUUUUUUUCCAAGCAAUUGCACAACUGAAUGUAGGGAAUGAAGAAACACUUAAAUUAUUUUUUUAAAGAUAAAUUCUGUAUGAAAUAUUAUGUAAUAUACACUGCUCAAAAAAAAAAAAAAUUAAAGGAGCACUUUUUAAUCAGAGUAUAGAUUAAAAAAUCAGUACG